CAAAGAAAGGAGAACGCAUUGGCAUUGGUAGACAAAUCAAUAAUUUGCAAUGAAAAUUCCAACAGCGUGGAUGUUGUGUGUGGCUUUGUUAUUGUUUAUCAACUAUGCUAGUUGCCAUACAAGAGACAUGACGCCAUCUAUGAAAGCUAAACUAGAGGAAAAGACUGAUCAAGUCUUUGCAGAGAUACAAAAACAACUUGACGAACUUGAAAUACUUAAGAAUGAUGAAAGAACAAAAAAAUCUGUAACGGACGGCGCAGAAGAAUCAAAGGAUGCUAUAAAGAAAUUAAAUGAUCCAAACCAUAUCAUGAAAGCGUUGGAUGCCGUAAGAGGAAUUGGUCCAAGCCUAGGAAAGUUUAAGUCAGGAGAUCCUUACGAUGCUGCCGAAGCUGCUUUUGCUCUUAUUGCUACAGUAUCAGCUGCUCUACCAUCUCCAGCAGGACCAGCGUUAUCAGCUGUUGCGUCAGUAAUUUCAGCCAUUAUACCUCUUUUUAAACCUGCAAAAAAUGUAAGAGUAUUUGAUACAAAGCUAUAUUUCACGGAUCGCACGCACCUUUUGUUUUGAUAUUUUUUCUCAAGACGGAAGAUUGGAUUGAAAUUGCGUUUUCUUUGCAUACUUUUAUAGGCGAAGGCAGUGCGUAGUAAACUUUAGUAUAACUUUUGUUUGCAGGGUCUAAGAUAACUAAGUAUUACUGUUAAGUUUUUACUUGCGUAUAUUCUUUUGCGAGAACUGCAAAGAACAUAAAAGCUACCACAAAUACAACAUUAAGCUGGUUUGACAUAACGUGAGAAAAAAUUCCGUUCAGAAUUUUAACCUAGCAAAAAUGAAAUAUAGUUCAUAGCAAGAAUAAAUGUUUUUAUUUAUUGAUCAAAAAAUUGAACAAAAACAAUAUAUGUCCUUUCAGUUUUGCUAAAGCCUUAAGGGGUGGUACACGAUCAAGUUAAUCCCCCCCCCACCCUCAAUAACUUUUCAUAGGGUUGUUCAAAUUGAAUCAAACUUCGCACACUUAUAGUACGUCAUAAAAGGAACAAAAUCGCAGGAAUAAAUUUUUUCUUGCGUCAAUAAAUUUUCUGUGACGUCAUCAGAACCUGAAAGUUUGUUAAAAAUGCCACUAUCAGCUUAAAAUGUAAUUACGUUUGUUCUUGUUGGAAUUUUUGCAUUCUGUUUGAAGUUUUUAAAAGCUAAAUAAAAGUUACUUAAUUUUUUUUCCGUUUUUUACAUGAAUCGCAUAAAAAACUGCCAAACAUUGCCCGAUAAUCCGGUUUUUUUCUGAUUUCGGGGAAAAUCCGACAAAAUCGAGAAAUCGGAUUAAUCACGAGUCCAAAUUAUACAAAAUGAUUCUUUAUAAAACAAAGUUGUGUUGUAAGUUUCAAUUUCUAAGGAUAAUCCUAACAGGAGUUAAAUUUUCCCCAUUAUAAGGACUUCAUAGAGAAUUUUAGGGGUUGUUUUAAG